UUGGGCGUCAGGUAUUUUGUCUCAGCAAUGAGAGAAAAGUAAUCAAGACAAGAAGACGCUUUCUAGUGGCUUCUGGGGUCCUUUCCUCCUGCUACCUGCAGUGGGCAUCAAAGGUUUCCACCGUGUCACUCCAUGGAAGGGGCAGAGGAGGCAGAGAGGCCGUGCUAGGACCAGAGGCUGUCUCCAUGGAGAAGGCCCCAAGGCGGCGGCAGAGAUGGCGGAGGGAGAGGCCUGCGGUGUAGACAGGGAUGGAUGGUGGUCCCAGGCUGCUCUAAUUGGCCAUCGUCUCCUCAUUAUUGUCCCAGGCGGGCGCUCAGCCAAAGCCUCCUUUGUGUGCUCGCGUUCCUGGGCGCAAGGUGGCCUCAUUAGCACCCAGAGACCGUCCUGUCUCCAGGGAGCAGGCAGAGAGAGGAGGGGGUCGGGGGCACCGCGAUCAGCCCCAGCCCCGGAAGGUCUCGCUCCCAUUCCUGGGCCUUGGCUUGGAGACAGUCUCAGGAUGCUAAUCUUAGCUGCGCCUUUGUCUGGCCCGGGGGUGCACGCAGUCACUCCCCCUUCCCCCAAACCUUGGAGGGCUAUAAACCACAGGCCCUGGUGGCAGUCACAGUCACAGCCUCGAGGUUCCUGAGCACCCACACCCGUGUUCUGCAGAUACCCCAGGGAGCCCAGGCACCAUGAGCCUCCCCCCAACAAAGGUCUCCUGGGCCACCGUGACGCUGCUGCUGCUGCUGCUGCUGCCGCCCGCGCUGCUGUCGCCCGGGGCGGCCGCGCAGGCCCUGCCCGACUGCUGCCGCCAGAAGACCUGCUCGUGCCGGCUGUACGAGCUGCUGCACGGCGCGGGCAACCACGCGGCCGGGAUCCUCACGCUGGGCAAGCGGCGGCCCGGGCCCGCGGGGCUGCAGGGCCGGCUGCAGCGCCUCCUGCUGGCGGGCGGCAACCACGCGGCCGGCAUCCUUACCAUGGGCCGCCGCGCGGGCACGCCGCCCGGGCUCUAAGCUGCCUCCGGCCGGCCCGUCCCCGUCUCCACCCGGUCC